AUUAAGUUACUGAGGAUGCCUGAAAUUAAUGUGUUUUACCUUUUUCUCUCUCCUUUUUUUAGUGAUCAGAAAUGAAUGAACAGCCAGAAAAAAACAAUUCCACUGAAGAGGGACACACAGGUCAAAGUACUCCUGAGAAAAACUGUCACAUGGGACAAAAGCAGCUGCAACAGAUAGAGCGGCAGUUAAGAUGCUUGGCAUUUCAAAACCCUGGACCCCAGGUAGCAGACUUUAAUCCUGAAACACGACAGCAGAAAAAGAAAGCCCGGAUGUCAAAGAUGAAUGAGUAUUUUUCUGUGAAUUACAAAGUUAUGAAGAAGUAUGACAAAAGUGGCAGGCUAAUCUGUAAUGACGCUGACCUGUGCGACUGCCUGGAGAAGAACUGCCUGGGCUGCUUCUACCCCUGCCCCAAGUGCAACUCCAACAAGUGUGGGCCGGAGUGCCGCUGCAGCCGCAAGUGGGUUUACGACGCCAUAGUCACCGAGUCCGGAGAGGUCAUCAGCACCCUGCCAUUCAGUGUUCCUGACUAGGAGCCGCUACACGUGAAUUGAUUUGUUUCUUCUUCUUUACAUUUAAGACAACCCAUUUAUUUGUCUUGGUGAACUGUAGGGCUUGGGGGGGAAAUGUUGGAAAAACAUACUUAAGAGUCGUGUUCUCCAAAGCUGUAAUACAGUGUAGAAUGGGCAGUCAUUCUAUAACCUUUUUACUGUGUCUUCUCAAAUUCUUUCCUUUGCGUGGGUAGAAGACCGUGAUAGUGGAUGGAUCUCUGUUUCUCUCAUCAAUACUUCCUUCUCUACUCUGUCCUCAAACUUAAAAUCUCAUUCCUUUCUGCUGGUACAUCUGAGAAAAUGUAAUUUUAAGGUUUUCAGAAUUUUGAGGGUAAAAGGUUUUUGUUUUGUUUUUUAACACAGAAUCAUACAUUUAUAAUAUCUAGUUAUCCUUAGAAUUGUACACAUCACUAAUUCUAAAUCAGAAUUGCUAUUUGGACUUUAAAAAAAGGACCAAACUUUAUGACUUUGCAUAUUCACAGUCUCAUUUGUUAUUAUUACUUUAAUAAUAUUAAAAUUAAAUUUGGUAAUGUUUUUAUUAAAAAUUUAUAUUUUUACUUGUAAAGUUGAGAAAUAAGGACUUGCGUAUCCUAAAAGCCAGUGGUUUACAUUGUUUUCAUUUCAGGCUCAGUAUCUCAAAAUUUGUUUUCAAAAGAAGAAAACUUAAGUUGUUAUACAAAUGUGAGUUUGUUGUAUGUUUGUUAAUUAAGUGUAUUGCUAUGCAGUUGAAUAGAUAUAUGCAGUGUGUUUUUUUCAAAUCUGAUGCAUUGUGGGACGUUUAUAGAAAGUUGAGCUGUCUUUGUAUUUGGUUUUAUAGUCCCAUUUACCUUAAGUUGGUAGACUUGUAUCAUAUAUUUUUAUUAUCCUACAUCCAGGUCUAUAAUUCAUUAGGUUGAAUUUGCAUUUCUGAGGUGAUAUCGAUGCUGCUGGUGUGGGGCCAGCUUUUGAGAACCAUUUCCUUAAGUUAUAUUAGAUAUGUAAUGUAUGGAAGGGUUUAAGUAGAUAAUUGAAUAAAUGCUUUAAAACAUUA